GCCAGAAAAGCCAGUGGGAGGCGCUGUCCAGUGGAAGAGGGAGCUUUCUGUGAGGCGGGCGCGGCUGCGCAUCGGCCAACUGACGAGUCUACACCGACAACAAUGCUGCUGCGGCUGAGUGCGGUUCGUCUGGCUCAUCCGUCCUUCUACGGGCAGACGAGGCUGUGGAGGCACCGGUUCGGCAAGGCGGGCGACUAUGCGGUGGAGCGGCUGUUCAUCUUCGCUAAGCGGUACUUGCCCUCGUGGUACCAGUUCUACUACUUCAAGGAGGGCAUCUACGACAUCAUGACGGCCGCCGCGGCGGCUCUCAUGUACCUCCUCAUUGGCUAUAUGGGUGGGUAAUAAAUACGAGUGCCAGGCAGGUUUGCACGUGUGUGUGCCGUGUAUGGUGUCUGUCUGUCUGUGUGUGUAUGGUGUCAGGUGUGAGCUGCGUAUGGACGUGGAACGAUGCGGUCCAUCGCACCUGGAAGCACUACGUGCGCAAGGAGGUACACACACACACACACACACGUGUCAGUGUUUGGUACGAGUGUGUGUGUGUGUGUUUGAUCCAUUGACUCAUUGGUUGACUGGUUGGUUCAGAAGGAGCGCAAGGCGCUGAUGGACAUCAUUGCCCGGGCCCGGGAGGACGGACUCGUACCCGAAUCCAUCGUACACGACUUUGGUACCUACCAAACACACACAGACACACACAAGAUCUGUCGUCUUCUCUCCCGUGUCAUCAGAGUGAUCGACGGGCAGUUCCGUUCUGUUUCGUUUCAUUUCAUUUCGUUUGCCUGGGGUCCGACCGAUGUGCAGUUCGUCCAUCCAUCCACUCUGACUGACUCAGCUGGC